GGCGCGGGGAGACGAGAGGCGAGGCGAGGCGGCGCGGAGCCGUCGGCAGGUGAGGGGUGGCCUGGGGCGCCCCGUGCCCUUGCGUGCGGGGAGGAGCGGCGCCGGGCUUCUCGGCGCCUCCGUUUUUGUGGGAGCAGCGUUAAGCCCUUUGCCUCGUUCCUCGGUUGCCUGUUCCGUAGGUUGUGUUGAGAUGACAGUCUUGAAUAUUUCUAAAUGCCGACUUAGUAUUUCUUGUCAACAUCCAUAGCUUUGAAGUCUUGUUCUUCUAUUCAGGUAUCGCUAUCUAAACCAGUGUUUAAUAACAGAUGUAUGUGGUGAGGUACUAGCAUGUAUAUAUUUUUCCCUUGCACAGUUUUCUGAUGUUCUAAUAAUUAACCAUACAUAUAUUUUUUUCUUCUGCAGUCUUUUCCUAAUGUAUGGAUCACUCUGGAUGUGGGGAGAAACCUAAGGAGGCUGUUUACCCAUAGGUUUAUCUUGAAGCAUUUGAACCCUACUUGGUGUUGAAGGAAGGGCAGCAACCAGGACAGUGCCAGCCUGUUAGCGGGAGCCCUGUCCAUGAGCCUUUCACUUCAUGCCUUGGGGUAGAGACCGAGGCUCUGCCUACACCAAGUCUCUUUCUGAAAUCUUGCAUCUAUUUGCUGUAGCUAUAAUAAAUGUUAGUUUAAGGUAUAUUUUUCCAUACUAACUUACUUUUCUUUGAAAAGGCUAAAAGGCCUCAUCGACGAGAUGCUUAGUCCCUGUACCUUACAGUACUCCUAUCAAAGCAUUCACUAUUAGGACAUUUAAGAUAAGUCCUAACAACCUAGUAAUCAUGCUGCAGACUAGUUUAUUUCACAGCUUAAUGCAUUUCAGCUUCAUUUGCCUUAGUCUGUAUUAGGCUAUAUGCGGGAAGGAAUCUUGCUUUUGCCCCCGCACGAGACGGAAUUGUAAUUCUGCCUAGCACAUAUGGCCUGUGAUGUAGGAACAGUGAUCAGGUGACAUGGCAAUGUCUCUCUAAUGUCACAGUUACUGGAAUGUGUUUUCAUGGCGAAAGUUGUAAUUUUUUCCUGCACUCUGAUUUGAAUAUUAAUAGUUAUAGCUGGAGUUAAAAAUAAUACACUGUUCUCUUGCAUAAGGAAUGCACACAUAUCUAAUAACAUGGUUAAUGUAAAUGUGUGUGACUUUCUUCUCAGACUUUUGGUUUUUCAUCUUUUCAAUUUCCUUUUGAAGGAGAGAAGACUUACAAUUUGCAAGAAGUUUAUUCUUAAGUGUCACUUUAACCUUUAAAUUGAGAAGAGAUGUUCACUGAAAUGUAAUCACUGUUCUAUCACUUGCCUACUGGAGUUCUUAACUGAUUUUCUGUCAUGAGAUCCUGAAACUGUUACUGUAUUGCAAGACAAGCUCACUGUUAUCAAAAGCCUUUUUGCAGUAUGAAUUCUUUACCUCUUCCCUGCUUUCUGUCUUCUGCCCUGUUAUCUCUGUGGCUCAUCAGACCUUUUCAUAAACCAGUUUAACUCACUAGAAUAGCAGAAAAAAAAAUCUUUCUGCUGUUUCAUGAGUUCAGUUAGCUUAUGGAAAGUUUGAUAAGGAAAUGAGCUAUGGGGUUGGUGAUGGAAAGAGAAAGAGGAGAAAAAAAUAUGUGAGACCUUCCUGUUACGUAGCAGUUGGAUUGUCAGCUACCUGAGAAGCUUAGCAAUUAUACCUGGUUUGCAUUACGUUUUGCAAGUGUCCAACAUAAAAGAAGAGAAGGUAGUGUAAACCUUUUAAAAGAGGACCAGUAAGCUUGAAGGCAUGUUCCUAUGUACUUUCUGAUAUGUAUUGCUGAUGCUGUAUGCUGCUACAGUGGGUCAUUUUAGUGACCCGUUCUACCGGUGACCCAAACUACCAGUUCAUAAAGCAGUCUUUUAGUUGUCUGUUCUCUUGGCAAUUUUUCUUGUUUCUUAUACAUUUUACAAAGACCACGGAAAGCUUACUGUAAUUCUACACAUACUGAAAUGUACAGAUAGGUCACUUAGUACUGUUCUGUAUAUCUGGUACUGGCAUCCCCAUUUUAUUUCCUGGGUUCUUUGUAUAUCUCUGAAAUAAAAAGUUGAUUAAGAGUAUCAUGUUAAGUGCAAUAAAUGGUAUGGACUGCAACAUUAUAAUACUAUUGCUGGGUGAUAGCAAUAGGUUUUUUUUUUGUUUUUGUUUUUUUUACCUUGAGUGAGCCUAGGACCAUGUUGUUUCUUGUACGCCUUCCAACCGUAUUCUAAGUCUGUCCCUGGUCUCUGAGCAGGUUUGUACAGGUUGAUACUUUUGUUCUUACCUUUAAAAACUGUUAGUUUUAGAAGUCCCAGUGUGCUAGCUCUUCAUCUUACAGUCUGAUUAUUCUGAAAAGAGCUUCUGUAUGUGUUGAAGUAUCUGUAGGACAUGUCAUCAACUUAAGUUGUCCUUGAGGAUUGAUAUGAAAUAAUGAAUUGUUAUAGCUUGCUGCUGUACUUUUUUUAAUUAAUAAUCUGUCCGUUUUUAGCAGUCUAUACAGUUCUGUAGGGUCUCUUGUUGCUUAGUGUUAUAAAUGGAUUUAGUUGAACUGGUAUCUGUGCAGGUCUCCAAAAGUUCUUGUUUCAAAAGGAAUUGUCUUUUAAUCUGAGCUGGUGUCAUAGUGUAGGAGUUGUGGAGCAUUGUGCUGUGGGAGAGGUUCUUGAUCAGUGAAGGCGUUGAAAAAGAAAGUAUUAGCUGCUCAAGGAAAGCUGUUAACUUUGACUUUGCUGCUUUUCAGCUUAAAUGUAUUUCACCUGCCUUAACUUUCCCUUAAAUCCUGAAGAGAUGCGUAUUUAUUCUGGUUAGCUCCAUUUGAAGUCAGCCAAUAUAGAUUUGGGUCUAUAUAGUUCUAAACCUCUGUAUUCUUCUGACUCAAUCAAGAUAUAGUUAGCUUCAGAGCCAGAGAAAGAAUGGACUUUCACGAGUUUGAGGACCUGUCUUCUGAUGUGUGUGUAGUCUAUACUGGAGUCAUCCCACACAGAUGUGUGUGUAGGUAGAUACGUAUGUUACUUCAGUGAACAACAACAUAUGUGAAUCAGAAGGCAAAAUUUGGCCCUGAAUUUGAGAAAUGAUAUUAAACGAGAUAUACAGUGUCAUUAACAAAGCAUGAAGUAGAUUUAUGUGGCAGUAAUACUGUAGAAGAGCUUAUUAGGAAGUCCAUAGCAUUGUUAAACUUCUUAUAAUCUAGUCUUUUUUCAAAUAACACUAGCAGCAGGAUGCCCUUCUGUAGUUAGAAAUGGUUCCUUUUGCAGGAUAAGCUUUUUAUUGUUAGUGUAUUAACUUCACUUUUCUGAAAGCUACAGUAGUUAGUUCUUCACUGCCUAAGCUGUAACUGUGUGGCAUUUUAUUCUAGCCAUUUUUAAAGAAAAUAUCGGUCAGUCUUUCUGACAGUGUUAGAUGUAGUAUUUAGAUGCACAGACAAGAUGUUUACGUUUCUGCUAAAUAUACUGCACUUGGAAAAUAAAUGAGAUCUUGCAGAGUGCAAAGAAUACAUAGAUUUGAAAAUCCAAGGUCUAAAGCUGCUAAUCUGGUAUGUGACUUAAAGUUCUGAAUUUGUAAUUGCACAAGAAAAUAAGUAUGUUCAGUCAAGAAACUAUGCUUCUGAAUUCAUUCUCACAGAAAAUACAGAUUUCAUUACCGUUGGUAUAUUUUUAUUCAAAAUUUAAUCUAUUUUUUUUCUUUAAUUGUUCUAUUCAUUUCUUAUUUUUCAGGGUUCUUUGAAAAUUCCUUAGUGGUCUUGACAUUGUUUCAAGUGACAUAAAUUAGCCAGUGGCUCAGAAUGAUGGAUACCCAGAAGACUACAAAUGGUUUGCAAGUGAUUGGACAAGGGACUGGUAUAGGGAUAUCGACACUCCACAUGGUGGGGUAUUUGGGAAAAAACUGUAGUCCUGUAACUACACAUGAGUAUUGCCCAGUCUGCAAAGAGAAGGGCCAGACACAAGCUUUACGGACUUACCGCAUUAAUUUUCAGGAGUCCAUUUUCCUUUGUGCAAAUCCUCAGUGCAUCUACCCACUUGGUUAUAAGCCAUUAAACAGCAUAAUUAUUUCUUCUAAUUCAGAAAAACAUCAAAUUCCAAUUACUGAUAAGAAAAGGAAGUUGUGUGAUAUUAGUGACUUUUCUCCCAUUGAAUUACAUACAAAACAGACAAGGACUAAUAAUGGGAUAAAUGUUGAGCAGACUAUUAAUGCAAAUCCUGCUGUCAAAUACUGUGAGAAUAGUUUAUAUUCUCCCAAGCCAAGCAUACCUGAUGAAUUGCAGAAUGACCAGCAAAAGACUAGUAGCAAGGCGGAGUCCGUCACACAGCAGGUGGAUAUUGAAACAGCCAACAGAGCCAGCAGUUAUCAAGAAAGUCCUUCUAAGACUUCUUCAGCUAGAACACAGCUCUUACCAAGUUCUGAACUUUGCUCGGCAGCAUCUGAAAUUUUGCUCAGAGAUGAUAAAGGUUCCACUAAUAACAGAGAUUUAUGUCUUCAGUGGAGGAACGUGUAUGCUCUUUGUUGGUUGAACUGUAUUUUGUCAGCACUGGUACACUUAGAAACAUUAAAGUUUGCUCUAACAGAAGAAUACACUGAAGAAAAAUGUUUACUGCAGAGACUCCUUACAAAAUACAAUCAAGCAACUGCACUUCUAAAUACCUGUAAAAGAAGUAAGGUAAAAGAUGUUCUUCCAAAAGCAGAAUCAUAUCUCAACGAAAUCAGAAACAGAAUUUUUACACAGCUUCAGCCUCAGCUUGGGUGUAAAUUGGGUGAAAAGGAAAGUCCAGUGUUUGCACUUCCUGUACUUUUACGACUGGAUCACCAAGCUGAGAAACUAUUUCUGCAUUCAUUUUCAUGGCAGUUUGAGUGCUUGUGUUGUGGUUACAAAUACCAAGACCGAUGUAGGAAAACAUUAACAACCUUCACAAAUAUAAUCCCUGAUUGGCAUCCACUUAAUGCUAUUCAUAUUGGUCCGUGUAAUAACUGUAAUGAUGCAUCUCAAAGAAGACAGAUGAUUUUGGAAAAAGUACCUGCAAUAUUAAUGUUACAUUUUGUCGAAGGCUUGCCACAUAACAACCUGAAGAAUUACUCAUUUCAGUUUGAAGGAGGUUCCUACCAAAUAACAUCUGUUGUUCAGUAUCAGACAGUCAAGAAACACUUCAUAACCUGGUCUUUGAAUCCUGAUGGAACUUGGCUUGAAUGUGAUGAUUUAAAGGGUCCGUAUUGCAAGAGACGUAAAAGAUUUGAAGUUCCUCCUUCAGAGAUUUUUAUUGUCUUCUGGGAAAAGAAAACAGCUCAUGUGCCACAAGAACUGAAUUCACAGUUUCAGAGUAAAAAUAUUGAAGAUUUGCCUCUUAAUAACAUACAGUCAAAUUCCACAGAGUUGCCUUGUGGUUUUGAAAAUGCUGUAGACAAAAUAUUUGCAGAACAUCACAAAGAGGAUUCUGUGAGAGUUUCAGAUAAGAAACAACAGCAGGUUGCUGAAGAUGAAAGUAGUGUUCAUCGUGAUUUAGAAGGUCUGGCACAUGAUGAUGUUAUAACUCUGACGCUUGUAGAAAUUCAAGUUGACUCAGACGCUAAAUCACUGGAGAACAGACAGAUGGUGGGAAAUAACCUUGUUGUUGAGAUGGACACACUGCAACAGCAGGAAUCAGCUUGUUCAUCUGACACUCCACAUACAGGAGAGGUUGCUGGAACUAGUCUGGCUAUGAAUAAUAAAUGCACGUUAUCUGAAGGUCGCAGCAUUUGCUUACCCCUAGAAGAGUUAAACCCAGCAACUACUACUACUCCUGUGCCUAAAAACCAGGACCCUUACCCAUCUUGCUCACCACUUAAUCAAAGAACAGAUGACAGAGCAAAUUUAUUUAACAUGGAACAUUGUACUGGCUUAAAUUCAGAAGUAGAGCUAAACAAGAAUGUGUCGCCAGCAGAGAAUGUUGCACAAAGAUCACCUGACUUGAAAGAUGCAAGCAAAACUGUAGUUGAUUCUCAGAUUGCAAAUUCUUCUGCUGCCAAUCAUCUUUUUCAGCCUUCACACAAAGACCAAAAAAGAGGAUUUGUUGGAAGCUGGGUAAAGAAAUUAUUAAGUAAGAAUACUUCUUUUAUGCCUUCAAGUGCCUCAGCUCUUAAAAAUGAGAGAAACUGCAAAACUUCCUCGGUGCAAAAAAUAAGUGAUAUGCGGCUGCCAGUUAAGGGAGCAAGUAACUUUGAUGGAUUUCAAGGUAGAGGUACAAAUAAGAUGACUGAGACUCCUAAAUCAGCAGUUCCUCAAAGUAAAAAUAUUCAUCCUUUGUCAGAUUUCAAAGGAUUUUCUCAAGACAUUCACCCUCCUACAAAAAGUCAUAUUGCUAAUGAAGGUCCAACUUGGAGAAAGUCAAGAAGUGUGUUGGGUACCUCAGGUAAAGUAAUUCAGCCUAAUUCACCCAGCUGUAAUUCUGGGAAGACAAGUGAGUCAGAUACUGAUAAAACCAAAAAACUUCGCCAAAAACUGUUAAAAAAACUUAAUGCUAAAAAGAAGAAGUUAGCUUCACUGGAUAGACUAGCAGUGGAACGAACAAAACAUGAAAGACCUGUGAAUGGAGGUGAAAGCACUCCAUGUUUUGAAUCUCAUAAUGAUAGUGAAUUAUUACAGACUUUUUUAAGGGAACUGCAGCAUCAGAUUGAUGUGGCAGAUAAUGAAUCUGAUGUAAACUCUGUGUUGAUGUGCACUAGCCACGAUGCUAAUAACAAAAUAUUGGCAGAAUUACUGUCCCCUACCUCAACUGUUGCUUCCUUAGAGGUUCCAAAAGGUGAAGAUGAAUGUAUGUAUUUGGAAAUGGUGGAUAGCAAUGUUGCAGCAGCUCUGCCUGAUGAGAUGACCAGUAUGUCACAUGCAACAGCGCCAUGUGAAGACCACAAUUACUACAGUCCUGUAAAGGAGAGUAAUUCUGAAGUUCUUACAAUGAACAAAUCCAGCAUGAAAAAACUUGCUUUUGAAAGUCCUGCAAGUGAAGAUAUCCUUGAAGACCUAUUCUCCAUUUCAGCACCAAGCUCAAUACCAGGCGAUAUAGAUUUACCUCAUUUUGAUGAAACUCUGUUUGAAACUUGGUGAAUAUUCAAUUUCUUAGUUUUAGUAUUUUUAAUAUGUAUGUAUUCAAUAUGUAUAUUUUGAAGCAAAGCACUAUUUAAAUUAUAUUUUCUAACUAGUUUAAUUGCACACUGGCAGUACUUGAACAAUUUACAUUUGAGGGUUUCUUUUUCUUAAAAGUGCAUUGUAGCAGGCAAAAAAGGUUUUAAUCCAUUUUGUCCGUGAAACAGUUAUUUUAGCUGUAGGAUAUGAGGAUAGUUUUAAUUAAAAGCUCCUAUAAGUUUUAAUUUUUGCUGCUUUUAAUAUGGAAAACUCAUCCAUAUUUUAUUGAGCUUAAAAAUCACAAUCUUCACUACCCUACUUACGAAGUUCUGAUUUAUUUUUCAGGAUCUCUGAAUUCCUGAAAUCUUGUUGUCCAACCUAAAAAUAAAUAAGUAAAUAGAAACUGACUGUAAUUAGGGAUAGUUGCAUCCUUUUAUACAAAGAUUAUUUGCAAUACUAACAAAUCAAGGAUGGUGUUCUGCUAGGCAUUUUACUGUUUUCAGAACUACAGUUCUGCAAGCUCUUUCUGGUGUGUACGUCCUUGGAUCCAAGGAAGGAGGGAUAUAUAAAGUAGAAAUUUUCCUAUUUAAAGUUAGGACACAUGCUGAGGUUUUUAUUCCAGGUUAACUGAAAAUACAGUUUUGCAGAAUAUAUUUUGGAGCCUGCUAAUCUUUUAAGUAAAAUAAAUAAGAUUUGGCUCAGAGUUUGCAGCAUUAAGAAAGAAUUAGUACCAAAUGUAACUUUCAUGUAUUCAUGACUGCAAAUUUAGUAGCGAAAGUAAACUAUACAUUAGCAUCCGUUAUUGUUACUACUAGGAGUUUUUCAUGGAUAGAGCUAUAUACUCCUGUCCAUAUAUAAGAGAAUGCCAGGGAUGAUCAAGGCCAGUAGGAAGAAGAAGAUGGAGAAAUGUGCCAAGAAGACAGUGAGUGAGGAGAAGGGAGGAAUAUUUACAUCUUGAUGUUUCCAGAUUUUUAUAUAGCUUCCAUUUGGUUUGAUAGAGAGUCUUACAUGAAUUCAUGUCUACAAAACUGAGAAUAUUAUGUGCUAAAUUAGAUCACCUAAAAUAUUUUUAAUGUACAUGGAAAUAAGACUUUUAUCAGCAAAUCUAUUUCAGCCAUUUUUAGAGAUACUCUUUAAUUACAAAUUCAAAACACAAGCCCUUCUGUCAUACUCUUAAACAAGUGCAGUGGAACAUAAUUCUUAUUACAGGUCACGGCUGCAGAGAUGGAUAGCUUGGAUAGCUUGAAAAAAUUCAAAAAGAGUUUGAAAAACUGUGAAUGUCACUGAACUCACCUUCCCAAACUAUUUCUUUUGCAGUUGUGGUCAUGUUUAUCAAACUUGUACCACGGAGAAUGAAUGGUUUCAUUUUUGAUACAUAACUUCUUUAAAAUCUUGAGCUCCUCCUUUGUUUUUUUAAAUGUCUUAUAUGAUGUGUUACAAUGGAAAACAAAUCGAUGGGUUUUGAGUGUAAAGUCCUGAUAUAAUGCUGGAGAAAUGUUUGUCUGUGAAUUCCCCUCAUUAAAAAAAUUAUUGACCAGA